UGGCUCUCAGCAGAUCCCUCAGAUGAAAAGAAAAAACAGAUGUGCAGGCAAAAGGGGAAACAAAAAGACAGAGAGGGACCAGUAGAGCAGACAGAGAGACGCAGACAGGCAAGCAAACAAGAGGAAACGCAGAGAGGUAUCGGGGUGUGAUAUGGCCAGGUUGGAUGUCACAGAGACAUUUCAUGGUAUUACUUUUCCUGGGCACCUGCAUACCCAGGACUCCUUGCAGUCGGCUCUGAGAUUCCCAUUUCAGGACACAGACAUCCUCAUUGUCUCCUACCCCAAGUCAGGGACCACAUGGAUGCAGGAGAUCGUGACCCUCAUAUGCAACAGAGGGGACCCUCACGUUUGCCAAACUGUCCCAAAUUGGACCCGGGCCCCCUGGCUGGAGCAGCACUAUUGUGCCAUGGUGCUGGAGAAAUAUCCACUGAACCCUCGAGUCAUCACCACACACCUGCCUCAGCACCUGCUGGAACCUGCCCUCCAGGGCUCCAAAGCUAAAGUAAUCUACGUGAGCAGAAAUCCUAAAGAUGUAGUGGUGUCCUAUUAUCACUUCUGCAAGAUGGCCAAGUUCUUCCCGGACCCUGGCUCAUUUCAGGAUUUUCUAAAUCAGUUCCUGGACGGAAGAUCGUACUAUGGCUCAUGGUUUGACCACGUGAAAGGCUGGACCAGGCAGACAGAGACCAUGAGCAAUCUGCUCCACAUCACUUAUGAAGAGAUGUCACUGGACCCUCAUUGUGCAGUAGAGAAGAUUAGUGCUUUCCUGCAGCGCCCCCUGGUGGAGGAGGAGCUCAACAGCUGUCUGAAACACAGCAGCUUCAGCAGCAUGAAAAACAACACCAUGGUCAACUGCACGCUCAUCUCUCCAGAGAUCAUGGACCACAGCAAGGGCUGUUUCAUGAGGAAAGGUGAACUUGGCAACUGGAAAAGCCUCUUCACUGAUGAGCAGAAUCAACAUUUUGAAAGCGUCUUCAGCUCCAGGAUGCAGGACUGUUCUUUAAAGUUUGUGUGGGAUGUGCCGCAUGAGAACAGAAUAUGCAACAAGGAGGGGAAUCCCAAUUAAGACUACCAGAAUCACCAGUUAUCUAGUUGGGUUUCAUGUUAGCUCAUGUAUCUGAUGGUUCAGCUGAUACCAGAUGUCUGUAUCCAACCGAUGCAAAUCUUAAAUUUCAAUGACAUGAAACUUUCAAUGAAGCGGAACUAUUAUGUAGUGCAAUCUUUAUUGGACUAUCGUGUGGGAUGACACAUAGUGCUUAAAGUCCAAUAUUUAUUGCACUAUAUGAUGUACACUGCUUGGUACUCUUAUGA